CGUCUAUUCAUUCAGACCAAAAUUUCCUAGUGAUAUGUUUGCAUGUCAAGGAAUUUAUUGCCUUUUCUUGGGUGGAGUGUCAAAGGAUUCACCCAGUAUUACAGUACUGAGUUUUGGAAGACCAUUUGUAAGAUUCAUGACGCGCUAUAGAAGUGUCUUUUGCCUUUGCAGCAUUAUCGGAUAGGCAUUUUAAAUGCCUUUCAACUCUCAAGUAAAACAACUCCGAAAAUGAAGUGGAUGAGCGGACACACGCCGAAGUGAAGCGUUAUGGACGACGUGCCGGUCAGAACACCGUCGUCGAUUGGGUUUUCUGUGUUCAUCAACACAAUUGUGUGUGAAGAAUGUUAUCAUUAUUCACAAAGCAUAGGAAGUUUCCUCGACAUUUUGCUUCCAAUCUUGGACAAAAAGGUUCUCCGCCAUGGUACAAAGCAUGAAGAUGAGGGAGAGCCCAGUGAUUUGUUGCAGUCAAAGAAAAAAAAGCUGGAAAAACUUGGGCGGAAACCGAAAGGACGUGCUAAAGAAUUACUGAAGAAAGAGCAACGCCGCCAAUCAGCCCAACAGAAGAGCGUUGUAUCCAAGUGUUCCAAGAAUGAUGAGCUGGGAACCGCUGAGGACGUUAAGCCUGCUUCUGCUUUACUCCUGGAACAUGAAACUCCGGACUCGAUCAGUGCAUCCGCUGAUGAAGCAGACGAAGAAAGUUUCAACAGUGGUGAUGUUGAAGAUAAUCUGGAUACUUAA